GAGCGCCGGACUUGGAGUCAGAGCGACCUGGCUGCGAAUCCCGGCUCCGCCACUUUCUAGCACUGUGACCUUGGGCAAGUUACCGAACCUCUCCGAGCCUGUCUCACUCUUCUCCUACCCGGGCUUAAUAGCACUGACUACGGGCGGCUUGGCUUAGGGGGUAGGCUCAGCCUGCGGCCGCGUCGGAUAGCUCAGCGGGCGCUCAGUAAGUGUUGGUGAGGCGCGGGAGUGCCGGCGCUGAGUGCGCCGCCGCGCGCGGGGCGACCACGGGGCCCCAAACUCGCGGCCGAGGCGGAGACCCCGCGCCCCUCCCCGUCUGCCCGCCCAUCCGGGCUCUACGAUCGGUUCCUGAUCACGGCACUUGCGGGAGCGGACGCUCGGGGCCCCGGUGGCCUGGGUGCUCGCGCCCACCGUGCAGGGAUGCUCCCAGCCGCCCCCAACUCCCGCAGAUCCACCUGGGAUGCGGCGAGGAGGGCGGCCGAGCUGUCCGCAAACAACGGGCCUUUAGUUUUCAGGUGGCGAAACUGACCGGUCUGGUUAGAGCGCGUCCAAGCCAAGCCGCAGUACUGUUUGGAUUUUUAAAUUUCUCCUUCUGAGUGAGAAAAUAGCAAUCGAGAUGGAGCCAUCCGCACGAAAGCUCCAACUGACGGCAUCAUCUCCCACCAAUUUAUCCAGCUUCUGCCAAGGCUCUGAAAUGCCAACUAUGUCAAGGCCUGCACUUGAUGUCAGGGGUGGCACUUCACCUGUGAAGGAGGAUGCCAACCCAGAGAUGAGCUCGCUGGCCUACUCUAACCUGGGCGUGAAGGAUCGCAAAGCAGUGGCCAUUCUGCACUACCCCGGGGUGGCCUCGAACGGAACCAAGGCCAGUGGGGCUCCCACUAGUUCCUCGGGAUCUCCGUCUCCAAUAGGCUCUCCUAUCGCCACCCCUCCCACUAAACCCCCACCCUUCAACCUGCACCCCGCCCCUCAUCUGCUGGCCAGUAUGCAGCUGCAGAAACUUAAUAGCCAGUAUCAUGGGAUGGCUGCCGCCGCCGCCGCCGCCGCCGCCACUCCAGGCCAGCCUGGGGAGGCAGGGCCCCUACAAAACUGGGGCCUUGGGGCUCAGGCGGGAGGGGCGGGGUCACUCUCUCCUUCUACCGGUGCCCAGAGCCCUGCUCUCAUCGACUCAGACCCAGUGGAUGAGGAGGUGCUGAUGUCGCUGGUGGUGGAACUGGGACUGGACCGAGCCAAUGAGCUUCCGGAGCUGUGGCUGGGGCAGAAUGAGUUUGACUUCACUGCGGACUUUCCAUCUGGCUGCUGAUGCUCACCGUCCCUAAAGAUGGAGGAACAAAGCCACCGACUCUGUUGUAAAUAAAAAAUAAAAGUUACUUAC